AGGAAAUAAGAGAUUGUGCACGAGUUUAAACAAAGAUAAAUUUGAUUAGGGUAAAAAGAUGCAGCAGCGAUUCAGUGGAACGUUCAGAGGUCUCAUCCCUCUUGUGUGCUUAGUUACAGGGAUUUUGUGUACACCUGAAUAUAAAAUUAGCUGGGAGGAGGCGUCGAGGCAAUGCAAAACCAAAUACGAAUCCGAACUGAUAACUUAUCAAUGUAUAGGGGACCUGAACCUCACCGCAGAAAUCAUCAAAGAACUUGGAAUUAAUGUCGAAGCAUGGAUUGAUGGAAAAGUAAGCGACUUAGGAUGCACAAGAGAUGCCUGUUACCGUAUAAAACAGGAACACACACGGGAAGAGACUAGAAAUCCCGUCAUUUGUGUUCACCUGGGCAGCUUUAAAGUACAGUGGACUGAAGUGACCUACGAAAAGGCGAAGGUAAUAUGUGGAAGUGCUCAACACAAGAUGGAAGACGUCAGAAUUGAUAUCACCAGGCUUCAGAAUGAUUUCAAGAAGCCAACAGCUUUCUGGGUCCCAGGGGUCUCAUUGGAUAGCACCCGAGACCAAUGUACCUCCGUGGUUUCCCGAGACAAUGAAACGUUGGAAAUGAGACAGGCCAACUGCUCAUUUCCCAAAAUUGGCAUCUGCAUUAACACGUCAUAUAUAGCAGACCAUCAAAUGUCAACAUUUUUGGAAAUUAAUCCAUUAUCAUACAAAGAGGAAGUCCUGAGCGUUCAAGCCUAUAUGCAAGAAGAUGUAAGUGAAGCGUAUUCCCUACAGCUUGUUGGUGCUCGGAGCGUAGACAAUAAGGGUGGCCAUAUCUGGGAAUUGAAGACCCUGUUGCCGUUUGUGUUUAGCGUCUUCAAUCUGAUCUUAUUCAUGGUGUUAAUGGGUUUUAUGCUGGUUCUUUGGAAAAGAGUAACAUCAAAAUGGAAUAUGGUGGUCAAGAAUGUGCAUCCCUUAGAAGUAAAAAGAAAAUCAAGGCAGAGGGAAAAGGAGAAAAAGAUCUUUAAAAACACAGAGUAUCAAUGUGUUCCAGCCUUAUCUCCCGCGAACUCAACCCGUGUGAAAAUCUUACCGGAAGAGGAGAACCUGUAUUCCGAAAUCACCGGAAAGGGAGCCUGUUUCAAUGAUGAAGUCAAUCCAGUUGGAAAUGGCUAUGUUGAUAUGAAAGGAAUGCCUGGUCAAAUGCGAAAUGGUGCAUACUGUAGCUCUUUUAGGCUCGGCAAAAGUCCAUCCACGCAGAUGGACUCAACGUAUUGUUAAUACAAUAGAAGUUUACAAAUCAUUUAUGUCCAUUUUGCUGAUUGUUUCACUUGAUUAUCAAAGCUUUAUGAAAAUGUGUUUUGUUUGCUCCAUUGUAAACCGAGAAUUUGUAGUAGUUUUCUAUAGCUUUUUCAUUUAAAGUGAAUCAAAGUCGACAAGAAACACAUGGAGGCAGCACAGCAGAUAUUUAGUUGUAAAAAUAUCAUUGAAAUACUAACUCUAACAAAAAUAAAAUACAGUUAAGGAAGGCU